AUUCGGGAAUUACUGCCCAGCCGCCGACUAAGUUGCAUUCCUUGAAUCUUCGCAGAAAAGACAAUUCUUUCAUCAGAGUUAGUAAUGUGGACAGUACAAAAUCGAGAGAGUUUGGGGCUUCUCUCUUUUCCCGUGAUGGUUGCUAUGGUCUGUUGUGCACACAGCUCCAAUGAACCCAGCAACAUGUCAUACGUGAAAGAGACAGUGGACCGACUGCUCAAAGGAUAUGACAUUCGCUUGCGGCCAGACUUUGGAGGGCCCCCGGUGGACGUCGGGAUGCGGAUCGAUGUCGCCAGCAUAGACAUGGUCUCGGAAGUGAAUAUGGAUUAUACACUCACCAUGUAUUUCCAGCAGUCUUGGAAGGACAAGAGGCUUUCAUAUUCUGGAAUCCCAUUAAAUCUGACCCUUGACAACAGAGUAGCUGACCAACUCUGGGUACCAGACACCUACUUUCUCAAUGACAAGAAAUCAUUUGUGCAUGGGGUCACAGUGAAAAACCGAAUGAUCAGGCUGCAUCCUGAUGGAACUGUUCUCUAUGGACUACGGAUCACAACCACUGCAGCAUGCAUGAUGGAUCUUCGAAGAUACCCUCUGGAUGAGCAAAACUGCACCCUGGAGAUUGAAAGUUAUGGCUAUACCACUGAUGACAUCGAAUUUUACUGGAAUGGAGGAGAGGGAGCAGUAACUGGGGUCAAUAAAAUUGAGCUUCCCCAGUUUUCAAUUGUUGACUACAAGAUGGUGUCCAAGAAGGUGGAGUUCACAACAGGGGCAUAUCCACGACUAUCACUAAGUUUUCGUCUAAAGAGAAACAUUGGUUACUUCAUUUUGCAGACCUACAUGCCUUCCACACUGAUUACAAUCCUGUCCUGGGUGUCGUUUUGGAUCAACUAUGAUGCAUCUGCAGCCAGAGUCGCACUAGGAAUCACCACGGUGCUGACCAUGACCACCAUCAGCACUCACCUCAGGGAGACUUUGCCGAAGAUCCCUUAUGUCAAAGCGAUUGACAUCUAUCUCAUGGGAUGUUUUGUGUUUGUGUUCCUGGCUCUACUGGAAUACGCUUUUGUCAAUUACAUUUUCUUCGGAAAAGGCCCUCAGAAAAAGGGAGCGAGCAAACAAGACCAGAGUGCCAAUGAAAAGAACAGACUGGAGAUGAACAAAGUCCAAGUUGAUGCCCAUGGCAAUAUUCUCCUCAGCACCCUGGAAAUCAGGAACGAGACCAGUGGCUCCGAGGUGCUCACAGGUGUAAGUGACCCCAAGGCCACCAUGUACUCGUAUGACAGCGCCAGCAUCCAGUACCGCAAGCCACUGAGCAGCCGCGAGGGCUUCGGGCGUGGGCUGGACAGGCACGGGGUACCCGGCAAGGGGCGCAUCCGCAGGCGCGCCUCACAGCUCAAAGUGAAGAUCCCCGACUUGACUGACGUGAACUCCAUAGACAAGUGGUCCCGAAUGUUCUUCCCCAUCACCUUUUCUCUUUUUAAUGUCGUUUAUUGGCUUUACUAUGUACACUAAGGUCAGUCUCGUGGUUCGGUUUAGACUACCUUCCUCCUCGCUUGUUUUUUAACCCCACAGAUUCCCAACAGCGUUAACUGCUGUGGUUUUUGAGGUAAGAGAUUCAGCCUUCCAGUUGGUUUUCGAUCUUGUGUGUCAGUUUUUAUUAUCACACCAUGUUUACUUCAACAACAACAGCAACAACAAAAGGUAUUUUCCUGUCAACUGUGGUCCAAAGUACGAGCUCUGUAAGAGUUCCACCAAUUCCUUUGUUUACAAACACAAAGAGAGAGGUGGGUGGGUGGUAGAUAUUGAUGGCAGUCUUUCUUAGUUACCCUGGAUCUUACUGGAUUAUUUUUAAAUGAAAAUGUACAGUGGACCUUGCUAUCUACCUGCACUGUGUUCUGGGUAAACUGUAACCAUCUCAUGAUGCCAAAAAAAAAAAAAUAAUAAUAAUAAUAAUAAUUAAAUAGAAAUUUAAGGAAAAAAAAAAGAAAACAACUUGAGCAUCUCAGAAGAAUAAAGCCAUUGACAAGUUGCAGAUUUCCAGUAAGAGGGUAUAUAAAACUGUCAGUUCCCAUCCACUCUAAAGUUCUUCUGAGCCCUUGCCAGAAAGGCUUCGGAGCUCCGUGGAGGAGGAGCAUUAAAGCUUGUGCUUCUUCCCACUUUUCCCCAAACUCACCCUAUUGUGUCCAUCUGACAGUGACCAUGGAUAUUCCUAACAAUGGUCCUCUCUCAGACUGCCUAGAUGUUCAAAGUCAACAGUAGAAUCCAGCCUGAUCUAACUGGUAGUCACUGAAACCAUUUUUCUUUACUUCUCAAGAGUAGAGAAUUGGGGGAAACGAUAGUUUUCCUUGCUGUCUGUUAUGGAGAGCAGCCCCGACUGCCCUUCAUGAGCCUUGGAAUCGCUUGAUGACAUGAAAACAUAUGAUCAUUUUCCACAGUUCCUGCUUCAAUGAGAAGGAAAGGAUAUGUGGGGUAUAGCUGGUGAGGGCUUUGAAGGAGGAGGAGACCAAUUUUUUUCCUUGAGGGGGGAAAAAAUGCUAUUUCCCUGAAGAAGGCAAGACUUACAUGUUAUGUAAAAGGUGCCUGGGCAGUUAUCUGCACUGCCAAAUCUUAAGUCGAAUUGUAUGUACUUCUUAGCCUUCCAGAGAGCAGUGUCUAACAGCGGCGAGCUCAUCACAUAGGACUCUGCGGGCACUUUUUGCAUCUGCUCUCUGAACUCUGCAUUUCAAGCUACAAAAUGAAUGGUCCGGGAAAUACUGACCCUCCACAUCAAUGUCUUCCUCCAAAGACAGAUUUCCAGGUUAAGAAAAGCUUUAAAGUAUAGCCAAAUCACAGAAAGAAAAGAAACUGAAAUGGCAACACACUGCGCCUUUAGCCACGCCCACCAGCCCCUGAGGCGUGGACCGGAAGUGUCUCCACUCAUUCAUCACUGUCAUUAUGGCACUGCCCCAUCUCGCUCGUGGAUUAUUCUGGGUCGUGGUUCUCAUGACUUUCAGUAAAGCAACGCAAUUCUAAACAUGCUCAACAAGCUACUGUUGAGUUCUUCCCAUUUUUGCAGCAUUAAAAUCUCAUUUUCUUUUGGUCUGAGUUGUAAAAUUAUCUAUGUUUAUUUGCAAGGCUGAGUGAGAGCGCAAAUUGACCAGCCGUGGAUGGAGGCCAGGUUGGCACGAUCCAGGCAUGGAACUGCAGGGCUAAUCAGGAUGACAGAAUGACUGCCUCAUUUGAUGCUCUGGCCCUCCUCUGAGAAGAGAAUCGGUGUACAGAGUAGUGUGAGCUGCUAACAAUUAUAGUCACAGUUGAAAAGGAAAGGCUGGAAUUUAUAUUAAGGAGCCCAAGAGGAAAAUAUAAAAUAUUCAUUUAGAAAACAAGAGGAAAAGAGAAACCUUAAAUAAGUGAAUGUGGCUGGAUGUACUAACAGACAUUAGUAAAAAUAUCAAAAUCCCGCUAUACCUUAAACAAAACAAAAUAAAACAAAACAAAAAACUGAUCACAGCUAUUUCAUGAGGAGUGCUAGGAUUUUGAAGACAAAUUUUCAGUUAGGUUUUCAGGUGUGUGAACACACCUCCCUAGUUGAACUAACAUCAACCUGGGGUCACAGGGUCAUCUUUGUAAAAAGCUCUGUUCAGCUUCCAGCAAGCCGAGAGAGAUGCUUUGCCAUGGACAAUCCCUGGACACAAUAGAAUGUGAUCCUGUCAGUAGUGGGAGGUUCCUAAUACCCAAGAGUCACUAAGCAGUCGCUGAUUUUAAACACAGGAAUGGAUAUUAGGUGCCUGAUGCUGAACAGACAGCAAUCAUUCUGAUGUCAAAGCUCUUCAAGUGGCUUUCAAGAAAGAAAAACUAAAUCAGAAAGUGUCUACUUAGAUCUUCUCCUAAAAGAUUGGGAUAGUUUAUGUUUUCAGCACUUUAUAAAAUCUAAAGUGAUUUUGUUAUAGUUUUAGAUAUAAAGCAUCUUUUGCAUUAAAAAAAAAAGGAAACAACAUUUUGAACUUUUCCUACAUUUUAACCUUUUAAAAUGUAAAAUGAUUAGGCCUGAAUUGCCCACUGGGCAUGGAAUGGUAUGUGGAUCACAGCCACCAUUAUGCAAAUCUGACUACAAGGUGUUGAUCUCAGAGACAAUAGACACCUGAAGCUACUAUUGCACCAAGGAAAGAUGUCUUGCUUGUGGGUCAUGAUCUUUGUCCUACCUUCUGAACACCUCCCAGACUAAUCCAUUCUUCUCUGCUCCCUUCCCAAGCCAAACACUGACAAGGAAGCACCUUCCUUCUCUGAUUUUUCUCCCUCUUCUUUCCUAAAAAUGAUGUAAAUAAAACAUAAAAGUCAUAAAAUAUUCAUAAAUGCCCUCACAUGGCCCCCGUUCUUGAAAGACUCAGAUUACACUAUACAGGGGUUGUUAUUUAACUAUUAUUGAGUCAAGUUCCUUUUGCUAUGAAAAUAGCCAUAAUCCCCUGCACCAAGGAACAGAAGAGACUGAAAGCUGCAGACUUCCUCUCUUAUGCCUCAUUUACAUCCAGAGAACCCUGUGUUUCACAGGUUGACAGUGGGACAGAUCAUGUGGAAAACUUAACCGGCUGUGGGCACAGUAGACAUCUGCACCUUUUUCUUGACAACUGUGACUGCUCAUAAAACAUCAGGUAUUCCUUAUGCUUGGCAAUUCUGUGAGGCAGAGACCCAGGUAAAGGCUUAUUUCUGCUUGGCUGAUCCAGGAUUAGUAUCUCAAUCUCCUCUGUUGCCAAACAGCAUCAGCAGCUGGCUGGCAAGCCUGCUGAAUGAAUAAUCCGUGUUUGUGUAGACAUGCAUAAAGUAUAUCUAUAUACUUUAUUGUACACUACAAUCAAUGAUGGAUUUUUUAAAAAUGAGAAAAAUAUGAUGCAGAGAAAAGGAGUAAUGGCUUUAGGGUCCUAAGAAAAAUGGACUUUCCUUUAAGAAAGCCAUAGAAAAUUCACAAAAGUUCCAUCUUCCUAAAAACCAAUGACUAUUUAUGAAUAUUCAUUUAGAAGGGGUUUGAUUACAAUCUGCCAAGUUACAUGAAAAGGAAACAGGAUAAUCUUUCUAGAAAAAAAAUGUCUAUGAGAUUUCUCAUAUCCAAAACUUUGGACAAUAUCUUGUCAAAGGGGUGAUGUGCCACCAUUUGUUUCUUGAUGCAUAAUCAUUUAUCCUAGGGAGGGGUGACAGGAGCGUGCAACCACUUGCUCAAGGUGGUUCAAUCAGCAGCUUCCUGAACGACCACAAGAGAAAAACACCCAUAGAUCUGAAAGAAAACACAAAGGUCCAUUUGUUUAUGGAAUGGAGAACACUGUGUAAACUUCCUUGUAAAUUCUGUACAUAGUUCACUGAACUGUCCCCUGUGGUGUGGCGGUCCUCAACUUCGGGUGGAUGUUUGGAAAACUGGAGCACUGUAAAUAUCAUAAGCUUAUAAAGCCUUUGCUUUUUAUUCCUGAGGUGAAAUGAUUAGUGAUUCGGGCCCAAACCAGAAUCUCUCCAGCUCUUGCUCUUUCAUGCAUACAGUUGUGUGACUCUGCUGUAAGCCAUAGCCAGGUGUCUGUGAUCACUGCCUCAUGCCUUUACCCACUGACAGGGACAGCAGCUCCCUAGAAGGCUGCCAACCUGCGGGGCCAAAGAACAGAGCACCAGCAGAAACCAGAACUGGGACAAUCUGCUCCUUGAGCAGUCAUUGAAAAAAAAAAAAAUAGAUAAGUUGUUUUCAGUCACUGUGGCUAUUUGUAUCAUCAAGAACUGAAUUGCCGAUGCUGCUUAAGGAGUCAGGGAUGGAAGCGAUGCUCAAAUUCCACAGGAAAUCCAAAGCUUCAUUUUUUUUGCCAAUAGCUUUCACUUCUAACUUUUCCACUUUGUCUUAUUGAACUUCUAGUAAAACUAAACAUGAAUAGAAUGCAUGGGUCUGAUCAGGGUGAACAGUAAAUACCCAAAGGAUAGGCAGGGGGUACAGGUCGAGAUGAUAAAUGGCCUUGAUAGUGCUAGGUGGCAGAUUCAUAUGUGAGAGAUACAGGGGGAUCUAUGUUCUUACUCUUAAAGGUAGACAAAAGUUUCUGGGUGUGAACUGAUAGAGAAGGCAAAUGAGGGAAUUUAACUUGAGAAAGGGUUGUGUAUGGUGGAAGCUACUUGAGUUUGAAGAACCUGGAAACUGAAUGAUUCCAGGUAUUACUCCCUCCAAGUUUUCAGAGUCCUUUCAAAAGUCUCCAGGGUGUGGGCUGUUACAGCACAGAAUGUGCUUCCAUGCAAGCUAGCAAUCCCAGAGAGGUAGAGAGCACCAACAGAAAUUCAGACUCUCCAAGCAAUUGAAGGCAGAGAUUAGUUUCUUAGUGCUAGAGGGAAAGGUGUCCUCCUUGAAGGUAAGAUUUUUUGUGUCAUUGUAAGUGUUAGGAGAGUACACACAGGGAGCCAUUACUUUGGAACAUUUUAAUUCCAAGAUGUGACCCACCACCGGCUGAACACACAAAACACACCUUGUUGGAACUAAUCCAUUCUGCCAGUUUCCAGGCUAGAACAUAUUGUGAUUUUUACCUUAGCUUUUCUUCAGAUAGCAUAUUAUCUGGAAUGAUUGAAAAUGUAAUGGUUGAAAGCUGCAGCAAGUGUUUGAUAGAAGUUCUUUUUAAUAAAAGAAUUACAAACCAGAAAAUAUUAAAUUCCUAGCAGGGUAAAAAUAAGGGUUUUCUGUUUGUUUUGACAUCUCCCAUGGCAGACAUUUCCCAUUAAAAUUGAAGAAGUCUAACAGGAUUUUCUUCUUGUUUUUCUCUUACCUUUUCAGAAGCCUUUGGCUUAUUAAGGGACUCAAAUCAAGAGACUCAGAACCAUUUUUGAUUGACUCCCAUACCUUUUGCAAUUCGUGAAUUUAUUAAAAAAAAAAAAAAGUCCAGUGGGAAUUCAAGUUGAGAAAAUUGAUACUCCUGAGCCAAUUGAGGAGAAGGAAUUCCACUCUCCAGAGCUGCACUACCUGUACAUUACGUCUUGUGGACAAUCAGACCAAGUCAGUCCAGACAAGAGAGGCCAAAUAACCUUGUUCAUUUGCCUUAGGGACACAGAGUUACAGAUUCCUUCAUUAAUCCAGUCUCAGUCCAAAGCAAAAGGAUGAACAGGAGCAGUAUUAUUUAUUACCUGGGUCUUGCUUCUUCCCAGGCUUCCCUAGGAGGAGAAACAGGAACCAGGAGACACUCUCAAAUAUAUUUUAUAUAUUCAAAUAACUAAAAUAUUAUAUGUAUAUUUUGCAAUCUUGGUUUUUAUAAAAUAGAUGAAAUCUUCUGUCUUAUUAUUUCCCAACUAUACACCCAAUGGAAACAAUUCCAUUCCUCUAUUUAUUCUUCAUUUCAUUUUUGAAGCUUAUAUGCUAUCUUGCUCAUACUUAGAUGGCAGCUUCAAUCUUUGGACUUGCAUUGUAUUUCUUCAUUUAACUCAUGAACAAUGAAUUAUAACAAAUCUUCCCAAUUCCUACUCAUGAUGCCUUUAAAAGGUCUUCAGAGGCAAGACUUUUAACCACCUCUGAAUGCCCUUGAAUUAUUUUUCUUUCUGUUCUUUAUGUAAAGAGUACACACAUUUACAAAAGUCUUCUCUCUCCAAACUUAUUUCAAAAUACAGAAGAAAUGAAAAUAAUGCACUUAGACCUAUGGUUGAUUACACUAUCUAUACCAGAACUUAAAGUUUCAAGACAUCAUGGUAGCAUGAUAAAUUUAUGUUUUUCUAUGUGUAGGCUCCCCUAGUCUUAACUAUAUGGUGUUUAAAUUUUUCCUAUUAUUCUUCCCAGAAUCUCUUAUCACUCAAGUUGUACAACAGUGGUUAUAAUCAUUUAGGAAUUGGACCUAUUUCAUCAUUUCUGUACAUCAUGCUAGACUUACACUUCAUAUAUUUUACCUCAUUUACUCCCCCCAUCUCAACCUUCUAGCAGAUUCUACAAAGUUAGCAAUUGCAGAAACCAUUAUGUGCUGUCCAAACUAUCACCAGAGAAUUCUGUAAGAUGCGUUUCCUCCAUAAAGCAUCUCUAUAGACUUAGAGAUAUAUGAUAUGUAUAGACAGAGUUCUCUAAACAUACAGCAAACAACAUGCCCUAUAAUAUUGAAAGAGUAACAGCAUGUGGUGAAGAGAGCCAGGAGAUAAGAUGAAAGACACCUUGGAAUGAGGAUGGGGGUAUGCGUCUACCCAGGACUGUGACUCUUGACAUGCCCACUGAUGACUUCAAGUUCUCUUUCAGAACAAAGUUUCAAAGGUUAUUUUAGAGAGGCUCAUUUACACUGAAGUUUAACCAAAUGAUGCGGGUUCACCAUAGACCUUGUUUAUGCAGCCUCACAAAUCUAAUAAUAGUCUUAGUUAGUCUCAUGCCUUUAAGAGUUAGCCACAUGGUGUCAAGUGAAUUGAGUAUUAGUCAUAUUUCUUCCAUACCUCUACUUUUAAAAUAUCCUAUGUCACAAUCUUCCAUCUUCCAUCUUAGAAAAGUAUCUUUAAGGGACUCACACAUCAUUCAUCCAUGUGAUAUGGUCUCCAAUUUUAGAUCUUAGGAAUUUUAGAUGUUCUUAAACCAUCCUCUCUAACUUAGUCAAGAAAAAGCCAUAUGACCCUCCCUCAUGGAUGGAAGGCCAUCUUCUAGGCAGUGUCUGAGCCCAAAUUCAUUCCAGACAUAUCCAGUUUUAAACCUCACAUCUCUCUAUGUCUCUAAAUGACAUGAGCAAAUGUAUUUGAGCUUUCACGCCAGAUGCAGCUACCCAUCUAGAUGAAAGAGACUGAGUUCUUAAAAGCUGUUACACAGCCUUCCUGCCCUUGUCCUCUUGUCUCCUGCUACACUACUUUACCAAUCAAAUUGGUCUGAUAUUUUAGAUACAGCCAUAGCAAAAAGUUAAUCAAGUGGUGAUUGGCCUCGAAGUUGUUCUCCAGCCAGCACACAUGACAACCAAAGUAAUUUCUGCAAGUAUUCUUAACUUUUACUAAGUGUUUAUGAUUCUCCUGGGAGCCUUCUAACUGUUGAAAACUGUUAGGAUAAUCUUUUCCCAUCCAAUUGCCUAUGUCUGUGGAUUUGUCAUAUAUGGCUUUAAUUGUGUUCAUGUGUGUUUCUUCUAUAUAUUGAAAGAUUUUAUUUAUUAUAUUGAAUUUUUUUUAAAAAAAUGUUAGGAUAACACGCAGAAAUACCAUUUUUCGGCUGUAUUUCAUCCUAUGAAUAGAACACCAUCUCUUUUGCAAAAUUAGCUCUGCUCCCAGCUUUAGGCGACCCUCAAAGAUGAUUCUCCCAACCUCCCCAUGUGUUGAUGGACUCCUGCUCCUCUUCAAGCAAUGAUGUGGUUGCUUUCUUUUCUGCUUCCCCAUGAUGUUUUUAACCUUUAGACAGAGUCACACCUCACAAUAUCAUUUUUAGAGGGAGGAAGUGUUGAAGUCGUAACUAAGUGUUUAAGUCAUAACUGAGGUGAAGUUAGUAUUUACUAAUAUAGGUGUAUCUACUGAGAUCCAUUCAGGUACAGGUAACAAAAGAUGACUCUCAGAGUAUCUUACUCAAUCAAAACAUUCUUAGCUCAUAUAACAAGAUUAGAAGUGCCUAGUCUAGCGUGCUUAUUUCAAAAAUAUAAGACCCAAGACUCUUAUCUGAUUCUCUGAAUAUUAUCAGCACUCAGUACAUCUGCAACAAGGUUGCACAGACCAUCCAAGAUAUUCAGAAACAGGGCAAGUCCUGAAUUAUUUUUUAAAGGCAAGGAACUCUUUCCUCAACCAGCCCCAGAAGCCAUCCUUGUCCUGUUGACUGAGGUUGAGUCAGGCAUCAUUCCUCAACCAUUUACUGAAGAGUAUGGUUAUCAUAACAGGCUUACAAGUACCCAGCGCUACACAACAUAAUUAAUUGAUAAAUUAAUUUAAAAUGAAACUAAGAAUGGCUUUGGGUAGCUAUCCAAUAAUAACUCUGUCGUAUUAGACUAAGGUAUAGAAAAUACUCUCCCACUAUACCAUAGCACUUUGCUCUACACUCCAGCCCUAUGAAGUUAUUCAAUAACACCAGUGUUGGGACACAGAAACCCAAAUAGCUUAAGUAACUUACCCAGAUCUGAUGGUUACUGGUGAAGUGGGUAUUCAUUGCCAGUUUUUCUUGCCUCCAAAGACAAAGUUUCUACCUCUCCCACAUGACCUAUAUUGAAUCCCUUUGACAUCAAUAAUACAGGCUGGUGGAGUAGUUCAAGGAAGUGCAAAAACUUAGAUGAAGUCAGCUCUUACAGCCAAGAGUAAGAUCCUGUGGCCACCAGACACUGUUCAGUUUAUUUCUAUCCACUCUCCCCUCUCCCCACUCCUCACUCCCCCACAUAAGAGCCUUUCACUGUGCAAGGGAAGUGAGGAAGAAAAGCCCUCACAGUAGCAGCUCCAGCUCUGCUCCACUCUUUAGGUUCACACCAUCAUUCUUAGAAGACCGUACAUCCCAGUGUGCCUGAGACACCCAUUGGAGUGACAAAUUAAGUGACCACUUUAAUUAUGGGAUCUCAGCAACCCAGAGGAUAUGGGAAGUACCAAUAGGUCCUCUGAUGGAGCUUGUAUUCGGUCCCAGAAAAUAUGAUUUGUCCCUUGUGAGUCACAUCUUGUGCCUAAGCAGGCUUCAUCUCUCCUGUGCACUAAGCUUUUCAUUGCUCUCUUUAAUUGGCUCCUUCAAGACUGACCCAUAGCCCUUUAUUAGCCUUCACUCCGACAGCCAGGCACCAUCACCAAAUGCUUUUGAUUGCUGCCCUUCAAACUUUACAUCUCAUGGUCAGGAUUCUUCCUAGCUCCACCUCGAUGAUAAGUUGCAAGCCAGCAGCACCCAAAAUAUCCAUCUGAGUACCCAUCUUCAUUCCCUCCCCUGCUGGCACCCAUCACUUCUGGAAACAACUCUGUCCAAUGUGAUGGGAUAGUCUGUGUGUUUCCAGUACUCUUGUAAACAUUCGGCCUCAAAAACAAAAUCGUUCUUAAGAGUAAACACCCUAGUUUCUAAGUCUUUUGUAGGACCCCAUGCAUACAAUCUCUAAAUAAAUUUAAAAAUAAGAUUAUGCUUACAGUCGAGCUCUAUCUGACCCCAUACAGAGUAGACACCGGGAUAUUUUUUCCCCACUGACUGUGAGUGAGCAGACCUGCUCUUUAUAAUACCUCCAUUCUACACAAGCUCUAGCAGGACAGAAUUUUCCAUCCUAAUUACUUCUGCUUUUCCUCUAUGGGGAAAGGGAGCAUUUUUUUUCUCCCAUUUCAUUUCUACCCCUACUAAUCCAUGCCUGCCUUAUUAAAAGUCUUUUGAAUGUAUGUUCUAUGGGGCAUUGGAAGUUGAAACAGCAUUGCAUUGUCAAUGGAACACUCCAAUGUGCAGUCUUAAGAGAACAGUCCCAGAGGAUAUUUGCACAGCAAGUACCACUUCUUCUAAGAUGUUAGUAGAAGACUUGGCACGGGCUAGGGAGGAUAGACAGUUCUUAACAUUCACCACUGCUACUCGGUUCAUUGAAAAGCAGGUAACAGGAACAACCUUCUUGUGACCCUUGGGAUGGAUGGCAUCCCUGCUGUGCUGUUACAUGUUUUCCUAAAAACAGAAAAAGGAAAAGAAUAGAUUUUGCCAACGUAACCCCCCAAAGACAACCAGACACACGGGUUUACUAGGUAGUGUGGUUUUCUACGUACAUUUUCCUCAAUACAUCAAAUUGAAGUGUGUUUGACCUCCCUCAUUUUUUUAGCAACACAUUAAUAUCUGACUUUUCUUUAUCUUUUUAAAAAAAAAAAUAUUCACUGGAGAAAGCUUGAAAUGUGUUUUUCAGUAGUGUCCUUGAGAUAUUUUUAGGCGAGUCCCUGGACCAUUCUAAUUCACUGUAGUGAGAAUUAUGUAUCCAAGUGACCUUUUAUAUUCAGAACACCCACUAUUUUUCUAAGGGAAGGAAUAUUUAUGAUUUUAUACAUGUGUAUUUAUUCACUGUUGCUCAGUCCCAUAUUUUAAAAUAAGCCAAUAAUUCUCUUGAUAAAAGCUACCCACGUGACACUUUUAAAAGGUCAAGACUGCCUGAGGUUUUUGAAAAUUCCCCAUGGUUUACAUGCUUGCAGGGUCCAAAAAAUGCUUUAACUUUUUAAAAUAAGCUUUUGGUUUCCACCACCACGUAGCAUUUUGUGCCACUGUGAUGCAGAUGUGAUGCUGGUACGUCACUCAGAAGAUUAAGGGAGGGAAGGGGAGGGUAUAUAGUGCUGGAUAAACAAAAUCAAACUGUUUGAGAGAAAAGUAUAUAGACUGAAGAUGACUUACUCAAAAGGAAAAAAACAAAACAAACAAAACAAACAAACAAAAACCUCUCCUGGCUGCCUAUCAUCUCUGAAAAAAAAAAUCUGAAUUUUACUAAGGGGCUGAAUCUGAAUCUGUAGCAAAGGCUUGCCACAGUUGUGCGGGGCAAGGGUGGGAGAGAGGGGAGCUGGGAAUUCAAGUCCCAUUAGAGGAUUCAAAAUGACCGCUGCCGGCAGUGAUUCAAACACCUCAUUGGCAAUUACUUCACUGAAAACUUGACUGAAUCCAAAAUUCAUCCAAACCCACCAAACCAGCAUCUGCUACUUUAAUUCAUAGCACCCUGUGUUUGAUGGUCUGUGGCUUCCAAAGCAGGUGCUACAUCCACGCAGGAAGAAAUACACACCUUCUGUUGCCUCACAGGCUCUGUUAAGCUAAGCUCACCAAAUUAUGUCACAGGACAUCAAGUGGUUUGUUUGGUUUUUCUUUCUUUCUUUUUUUCCCCCCCUUGUGUUUUUCAGUCUCCACUAAUCAAUUUUGCAAUCUACCCUCUUGCCAAAUAUAAUUUAGCAAACUCGUUAUCCUGAUCGGCAUUACACCGGUUUUUGUAAACAAAAGAAUUCCUCUCUGGUUUUCAGAAGGCAUACUUCUUGCAUUGCAAAAAAACACAAAUAUUUAAUGAUCUUUUACUUUUUGGCAUGGCCUUUUCUUUCUAACAUGAGCUGGUAAUACUCUUUGUGUAUGUAUCAGACCACUAAAGAAACUCAAUGGCAAGGAACAGUAUUUCUGAAAACCUGUAGAAAUGUUUGUUGUAAUGAAAUGGCACAGGCUUAAAGAGAUGCCAAGAAAGGAAAAGACGGACUCCUUACUUUUAUAACUCAAGAUUUCUCUUUUGUAUCAAUAUAUGCUGCAUUUUCUGACUGAAAUCGCUGUCUGUCUAACUGGAUUUGUGGCCUUCUGUCGCUUUUUACAUUUGAAAUCAAAUUUCAUACAGUAAGCUUAUUUGUCCCUUUCUGUUUGGGAGUCAAUUAGAAUAUUUCAUUUCAUUAGUUUAUUUUUUACGUGCUAAAACAAAACAAAACAGAAGCAAGUGACAUUUGCCUUCAUUAUCUCAAAAGCUAUCUGUGGACAAAAAUCCAUGAAGCCUAUGGACUGUGAUCAAUACAAAUAAAAGGCAGACCUCCCUGUAAACGGUGAAUUUGUGAAUGAGGACUUGUUCAGUGGCCUCUGAGUCCCUCCCCUCUGUCCCUUCAUGGCCUUCUUUCUAUUCCGAGUCAUCCAUCAAGUAAUUGUAAGAUACAAAAUCAAAUGACAUGCUAUCAGGUAUGGACACAAGAGAUGCUUGUGCUCUCAAUUUCAGGACUCACAGCUCCCCACAGUCACGGGGCUGUCCUUCACUCGGCCUUUUUGUUAACAGUGUGGCUUUGCUAGAAAACAUGCUAUCGUUUGCUUUGGUAUACAAGAUUUUACCCUGUUGCAGCAAAUGAAAGGCAGAUGGCGCAUCGGAAAGGCUGGUGUCAGACGCCAUCAGCUCUGCUUGGAACUACAAAGCUGCUGAAAUAGAAUUUACUGCUGUAAAUAUGUAUAAUUUAUGUCAGCUUAUUUCAAUAAAAAAAAAUUAAGAAACCAAUUGCAAGUGGCUCCUCCAUGCAAAAAGGCUACUUUGUACUGUGCUUUAAAACAUGCAAGAUUUCAGACCUAUCUUUUUAUAAUCCUUUAAAAUGUUUAGAAUUCCUGUUUGACAGCUUUUAUUGUUUAAAAAAAAAAUCAAUACAAAGCUGAGGCCCUGUAUGUAAAGGAGAUGCUUUGCAAGAUUAUCCAACAACUGGGGGGAAAAAACAGAAGAUGAGGCAGCACUUUAGUGGGAGUUUGUUUCUGCACUACUUUAAACAAAUUCUUUAGGAAACAUGCCUUAUAAACACGAACAGAAGGAGCAUUUCUAUAGUAGAUGGGAGAAAGACAUGAACAGUCUCUCCUUGUAUUAAAACUGAUGUCUAAAACCAAGUCAGAAGGUAUCCACUUGUGGUGUGGCUCGUGUCAGGCUUUUCUUUUUAAUCUCUACUGUACACAUGACUAUGAGAGCUGUCUGUCCAUCUUUCCUCAUUUGAAGAUCUCUGGUUUCCAAACUCCUUGAGAAACUAUUGACAAUAAAAUA